CUUUUCCUACCAUAACCAACGACACCAUUUCGUUCAAGCCAUGGCCCCAUUCGACGACUGGAACAAUAUCGAUGAAGAGGAGGAGGAAGAGCUGCAGGAUGCCUCGUACUUUGAGGGAAAACGCGAUGUCAUUCUAUUCUGUAUCGACUGCUCGCCAUCCAUGCAAGAGCUCAAAGAAGAUCCGGUGUAUGAAGGAGUACAGACCUCACGACUUCUAACGUCUCUAGAAGCCGCUAUGCAGAUCCAGAAGAAGAAGGUGCUCGUUGGUCCGAACGACUGCGUCGGGAUUUUGUUGUUUAACACGACACGGACGAAUGAAGAAGCAGGCUACGCGUCCGAGAUCAAGAAGGGCUGUUUCGUCUACCAGCAACUAGGACAAGUGAACGCCCCAAAGAUCCAGGAGCUGAUCCAACUGGUUGAGGGCGCACGCGAGGACUCCGACCUGCUCAAGUCCGAGUACCCUCCGCUUGAGGGCAAGAGAGUACCUAUAGGCGACGUUUUCACCAGUUGCAACUGGGUCAUUCGAGACAACGCACCGAAGACUGCUACCAAGCGUGUUUUCCUGAUAACAGAUAAUGACGACCCACAUCCUGGAACGAAGCAACUCUUAACCUCUGCUCGUACCACUCUAGUUGACCUGAUUGAAUCCGGCGUUCAAGUCGAGCCGUUUUUCAUCGGCACGGAGGACCGGCCAUUUGAUCCAACUAAAUUCUACUCCUCUGUCUUGAUCAACAGUGGAUUCGACGAUGAAGCGGAAGACGAGGGCACUCUCCCUGAGUCAAUAUCCAUCACGCGCAUCAACGAUUUGCUCGCCCAAAUGCGGAUUCACGAAGUGCCGAAGCGGGCUAUAUUCAAUAUAACAUUCGAGCUUGCCAACGACUUCGUCAUAGGGGUCAAAGGGUACGGCCUAGUGACUGAGCAGAAGAAGGGCUCGUACAAGUAUUUUGUCGACCUCGGUGAUCGUAUGGAAGUUGCCGAAUCACGCACCGUAUACAUUGACGAAGAACAACAAGCCGAAGUAGAAAAAUCGCAGCUGGUUUAUGGUAUGGAACUCGGAGCUCCGCCGGCGAAUGAGAACAGCGAUGACGAAAUGGAUGGUGCCGAGUACGGAACUAGGGUGGUCCCCUAUGGACAGCGACCAUUCUAUGAUGCAGAGGAAGUAAGGUCCUUCCGGACGCUUGAACUCGAACCAGGACUCAAGCUACUCGGUUUCAAAGAUCGCAACGAGCUCGCAUUUGAGGACAAUGUGAAGCACUCUACUUUCAUCUAUCCAGACGAGCAGAAAUAUGCAGGAAGCAGGCGAACGUUCACAGCUAUGCUCAAGGUCAUGCUCGAGAAGGACAAAAUUGGGCUGGUGCGGGCGCUUCUGAGGAAGAACGCAGCACCGGUCUUCUGUGCAAUGCUCCCUCAGGCAGAAAAGGUGGAAGAAGGCGGGUGGAACGAGCCAGGGGGCUUCCAUCUCAUCCCAUUGCCUUUCGCAGACGACAUACGCGCGGCCCCCAUCGAAGAAGGUUUCCGAGCCUCAGAUGACGUGAAGAAUGCGGCGAGAGCGUGGAUAGACAAGCUCUGCGUCAAGAACGGGGCGUAUCCCCCGGACACCUACCCUAAUCCAGCACUCGCAUUCCACAAUGCACAGCUCCAAGCGAGCGCCUUUCGAGAGGAGUUUGAUCCGGAGUCCUUCGAGGAUGUCACAUUGCCCAAGUAUGAUAUGAUGCACAAGAGGGCUGGCGAGCUGAUAAAGGAGUGGAAGAAGGUCUUGUUCAAGGACGACGCGGCUAACACGAUCAUCGCGACGGCGGGGACUAAACGAAAAGCGGACGUCAGCGUGGACGAGGCAGAGAUUAGGAGUAAGUAUGAGGACGGGACGCUAAAUAAACUUCGUAAUGAUCAGCUCAAGGAAUUCCUCAAGAACAAGAGUCAGCCCGUCUCUGGCAAAAAGGCAGAUCUCGUUGAACGAGUGGCCGACUGGCUGACGUCCCAUAGUUAACCGCUGGGUGUUGGGCAUCUUGUCACAACGCAAAUGAGUGGUCUUCAUUCUACUGUACAUUAUAGGUACCGAUAUCCUUUACCGUAUCAAGCUUAUCGUAAUGAGUGGUCUUGGAACCUCAUUUCUCGAUUGGCUAAAUAAUUCAGGCACACCGUCAUCCAAGAUCUAACCAAUGCGUUUAGCGCUGCGUACGUAUUGUGUUAUAAGAGAUACUUUCAGCUGGACGUAUUGGGUCAGCAAGAUGUAUUGUCG